AUGGAUGUAGCCAGAUUAACUAGUGCUAAACAGAAGUUAGGGAUAACGUAUGAAUUAAAACCAGAACAGAUAUCAGCACUUCGUGCUUUUACAGAAUCGAAGGACCUUGUAUGUUUACUACCAACUGGUUUUGGGAAAAGUGUCAUUUUUCAGCUGAUGCCAUUUAUUACCGACGAUCCCAUGGCAGUUGUCCUUGUGAUAUCGCCAUUGAAUGCGAUUAUGAAGGACCAGGUUAGGAAACUAUGCGAAAGCGGCAUUCCAGCCUGUUUCCUAGAUAUAACGGGAAGAGAUGGUUCCACCUACAUGUUGAAACCUGCAUUGGGGACGGAUAUUGAGGAUGAAAGUGAGGAUAGAGAGGACAGCAGUAUUGAUGAUGAAACUGAUGAAGAUGUUGGGAAGUUGCUGAUGAAAGUUUCUCCAGAAGAAGUGGCAGCUGGAAAAUUCCGCCUUAUUUAUGCCCAUCCAGAGGCAUUCCUUUCUUCAAGAGAAGGAAGGAAAAUUCUACAAAGCCAAGCUUUGCAGGAUCACGUGUGUGGUAUCUGCAUAGAUGAAGCACACAUGAUACAAGAAUGGUAUGAUAUACUGUAA